AUGUCAUAUGACCCUGAGGAGAGGGGCGGGAUGUUCUAUGGAGGCCGUUUGAGAAGGGCACAAUGGGUCGACGUUGCAAGUCAAGAGAAGGCAGGAGGCCACACAAUGUUCAGAAAGAUCGCCAAUUUGACCCACUGCAUGUACGUAAUUGAUAACCGAGGCUUAGACGACCCGAGUGCAGAACAAGCACAAGCUGAAAUAGCAGCGCAACUGGAUGGUCAUAGAGGCUACAGCGAACGUGUGCAGUGGGCAACAGACGAAGAGCAACCAAGUUCUGAUACGUCAUGUACAUCAACACUAAACCUUGAAACGGGACACCCGAUUUCUUGUGUUAUCUUCGUGUUCAGCGCCAUUCACGAUAUAGAGGCUGACUUCGCAGGGCUUAAUGUCGUGAUCGAUUUCUUUCAUCGACACCAAGGUUGCUACCCCAUCGCUGUUGUCACUCACGUUGAUGUUGCAGAGCGGAAGAACGUCGAAAUACUGACUGCCGUGCUCCGUGUAUCAGGGUUUAGUGACAUCUACGAGGUGGCUAACAUCACCGACGAACACACCAAACUCGACGAGCAAUACCAACUCAAUCUUUUGUCCCUGCUUGAGAGAUGCAUGACGAUCGGAGAUAAUACAGCUGUCUUCAAGCAUUACCAACGCGUAGAGAAGGAGAAAAAGAAAAAUAUGCUGAAGAUGGGUCGUAGAGAAAAUGUAGUAACACCGGAAUAUGAUGCGCGUAUCAGGCCCACUGACAUGACUGAGGACCAGCGUCGCAAAAAGGGAAAGGGUAACGAGACGUUGCAAAACACGGAGGAGGAACGGAAGGAGAUUGAAGCACUAAAGAACGACUUUCAGAUGAAGAUGAUGGAACUGGAAAUGUUGAAGUACGAGCAUAAGAUGAAGAUGAAGCUGGAGCAACAGAAGCAUGAGCUUGAGAUGCAACGGAACGCCCUGGAGAUCCGGGAGAUGAAACUUCAGGAGGAAGAAAGGGAACGUCGCUUUCAAGAACAGUUGCGGAAGAUCGAGAGUGAUAAUCGGGGAGAACUUAUCCGAGUCAUGGAGGCAAAUAAUGCCGUCAAGGGAGCUAGAUGUGCAAGGUUCCAACCAGUAAUCAGUCUUCCUAGCCCACUUCCUUCAUGUCGUAUUCAGUGACUUCAGAAAAUUAUUUUGAAUUCAGUCGACACACAUUGACUGUAGACGUAUUGAGCGGACGCAUGCGCACAAUUUUAAGACGCUCGAUGGGCUAGCCCCGCGACAGUUCUAUAGAGCUUCUCUUGUUAAGAGGAAACCCAUUUCUUUUAGACUAAAAUCAUUAAUAUCGACAAAUAAAAAUAAUACACGUACCACUAAUUUUAUUCCGUAGCUCAACCGGUGGAGCUGAGUGUCCUACACAUACUUUGUUCACUAAUAAUCAAUGAAGAGGGUGGCCAAGAUCAAACAUUCCUAAAAAGUAUUGCGAGUACUGCAGUAUUAUUCCUGCAGCAGUAAUGCCACCAACCUCAAAAUGUGGUAGAUUAAUUUAC